AUGGAGCGACCCACGGGCAGAGCCGGUGGAGUUUUCGAAAUGUUAGUACAACUCUCGAGCGAGGAUCCAAGGCGGGUCUCUACAGAGGAUAAUAGGUCCACCAUAAGGUCUCUGUGGGAGCCAGAAACGUACGGGAACUCCAUAAACUUCGAUCUGAGCUCGUCGCUGGAAUCCAUGGAGGCGGACGAGCGAGAAAAUCGAGCUCGCGAGAACGAGGGUCGAGAAGAAAUCGGAGAAGAAGAAAAAGGCCGUGAGAAAUUGAAAGUGGAGCGCGAGAAACCGGCGGAGAUUGUCGCCAUUGGCGGGCUAGGAGCUAUUACAUUACAUAAAAAUAAAAUAUAG